CUGAACAGCAUCCUCAUCACAAUGGCUGAACCAAUUCCGUCGGCCACUGCAGCCGCAGAUGCUGGCGACGAUGAGACCGCCCAAAAUCUCCCCGCCAACGCCGAAGAUCGCAAGGCCGCAGCUGCGCUCAAUGCGCUCAAUGCAACCGGCAUGUCGCAAGAGAAUGGAGAAAGUGCCAGCAAAGGUCCUUCGGCGGCUGACCAAGAGGCACUGGGAAAGGCUAUGUCGAGGUUAGAAAUAGCAAGUGGCGUGAGCAAGAAGAAGGAGGAUACCAAGAAGACCGAGGCGAAGAAAGAGGUGGAAACCAAGAAGAAGAUCAAGGUUGCUUCAGAAGAUGUCAACUUCCUGGUUGAAGAAUUGGACCUCUCAAAGAACAAAGCUACAGAAUUGCUACGGUCUCAUGAAGGCGACGCAACCCUGGCUGUCAGGGCCUUUAUCGCCCCUUCAGUCAAAGUCUGAGGCAUGAGGCCAUCACGUUGCUCGAGAGACAUACGAGUGUACAGUUCUGUACAUCCUGGAAGGCACGCCCUAUCGUCUGUCGGCCGAUGGUAACUCAACGAGAUGUCUCAUCACUUCGAAAGACUGCUUUGAAAGAUCUUGAUUGCCCUCAGACAGACUGUAUAUGGGAAGUUCAAAUUGAACUUGCGAGUCGUCUAGAUCAAAGACAAUACAAAGGCUGCAGCGUCGAGGCUAUGUCACCAACAAGGAAACUGGUCAUGGUACUUGGAAAUAUUGCUCUUUGGCAGGGACAAGCAAAGCAGCCGCUGAUCGAGCCGUCGAGUCUUGCGCAGGCCUCACUCAAACUUCGCUGUCCAAUGUUCUGUGAUCGCCACAGCACCUUGGUGCAAUAGGGUCCCCAGCAAGCAAGCGGUAAGCAGCACCAGGCUUCGUGCUCGGCCGAGUUUUGGGCCCCUCUUCGAUUCCAGCGCCCGGCUCUUCUUCGGCUUAUAUAGAUUUCCAAGAUGUCAUGUAAAGUCUUCUCACGAGGUACAACCGUGAUCCCA